CAGUACUUCAAAGUCUUUGCUUGAGAAUCUUUUAGUAUAUUGAGAGCAUAGGCGGCCACCCACACUCUUAUCUCAUAAAUAUCGGUGCAUAGUCAAAGAAUCAUAUGUGCCUUGUAUUUUUAUAUAGGAUCAGGCCAUCAUCAUUUAGAUACUAUCUUUUGAGCAGCUUGUGCUGCUUGACUACACUUCUGGAUUAGGGUUGUAUGCAUGGGUCAAUUCUCAAAUCCGCAAAGGCAUAUUGUUCUUCCGGGUAAUGCAUAGAUUUGUGGAUUAUCAGUUUCAGCACAUCCUCAAGUUCUGUGUUCUUCGGCCUCUGAGCCAAUCAUCAAACAUUUGAGUAAACUAAGCAAAUACCAACCUCCAGGAAUCCAUGGCAGAAGCAGAUAAUUAUACAAAAGAUGGGACAACCAUGGCAGAAGAAGAUAAUUAUACAAAAGAUGGGACAAUAAAUUACCAGGGAAAUCCCGCCAACAAGAAGAAAACUGGAACUUGGACAGCCUGCCCUUAUAUCCUGGGAAAUGAAUUCUGUGAAAGAUUGGCAUACUAUGGGAUGAGCUCCAAUCUGGUGCUUUAUUUCAAGCAUAAACUCCACCAGGAUAGCGCCACAGCUUCUAAAAAUGUGUUGAAUUGGUCUGGAACCUGCUACAUCACACCAUUCAUUGGAGCAUUUCUGGCUGAUGCCUACUUAGGACGAUACUGGACAAUUGCCAGUUUCUCAAUUAUCUACGUCAUUGGGAUGACUCUGUUGACAGUUACAGCAUCGGUUCCUGGACUAAAGCCGAACUGUUCUCCCAGUGGAGCUUGUGACCCAACAGAGACACAAACUGCAGUGUGCUUUUUGGCACUUUACCUUGUAGCUCUAGGCACCGGAGGAAUUAAGCCUUGUGUCUCAUCUUAUGGAGCAGACCAAUUUGAUGAUACUGAUGAGCAUGAAAAGACGCACAAAAGCUCUUUUUUCAAUUGGUUCUAUCUUUCAAUCAACGUUGGCGCUCUCAUUGCUGGUUCUAUCCUGGUCUGGAUACAAGAAAAUAUUGGCUGGGGAGUGGGUUUUGGCAUCCCUGCAGCAGCAAUGGCCAUUGCUGUAGUCAGUUUCUUUUCGGGCACUCGGUUGUACAGGAACCAGAAGCCUGGCGGCAGCCCCUUGACGCGAAUGUCUCAGGUGGUGGUGGCAUCCUUGAAGAAAUAUAGAGUCCAAGUGCCUGCUGACAAGUCUCUUUUGUAUGAGAUUGCAGAUGGAGAGUCUGGCAUCCAAGGAAGCCGAAAGCUUGAUCACACAAAAGAUUUAAGUUUCUUUGACAAGGCAGCAGUGGAGAUACAAUCAGAUCAUAUAAAGGACUCACCAGACCCAUGGAAGCUUUGUACAGUCACCCAAGUUGAGGAGCUCAAAGCUAUCAUCCGCUUGCUUCCUGUAUGGGCCACUGGCAUCAUCUUCUCCGCUGUGUACAGUCAGAUGGGCUCAUUGUUUGUGGUGCAAGGCGAGUCCAUGGAUCCCCACAUGGGUAGACACUUUGAGAUCCCGUCAGCAUCAUUAUCAAUCUUCGACACCAUCAGUGUCAUUUUCUGGGUGCCCAUUUACGAUCGAAUCAUCGUCCCGGUAGCCAGAAAAUUCACAGGCCGCAGCAAUGGAAUCACGCAGCUCCAGCGCAUGGGCAUCGGCCUCUUCAUAUCCAUUUUUGCUAUGCUCUCUGCAGGCAUCUUGGAGGUAGUUAGGCUCGGCAUAGUUAAAAGACACAACUACUAUGAUCAUGAUAGAAUUCCCUUGUCCAUCUUUUAUCAAGUUCCGCAGUACUUCAUCAUAGGAUGUGCGGAAGUCUUCACAUUCAUUGGGCAGCUAGAGUUCUUCUAUGAGCAGGCUCCGGACGCCAUGAGGAGCUUCUGCUCGGCCCUCUCGCUCACCACUGUGGCCCUUGGAAAUUACUUGAGCUCUCUGCUUGUGACCAUAGUUACAGAUGUGAGUACUAGAGGUGGGAAGCGUGGAUGGAUACCGGACAAUUUGAAUCUUGGUCACCUCCAUUACUUCUUCUUCCUCUUGGCCAUCCUCAGUGUUCUGAACUUGGUAGCUUUUCUCUUCGUGGCCAAGUGGUACACGUAUAAGAGGGCGGUGGGGACUCUCCGCUAAUUGAGAGUAUAUAGCAGUGGUUUCAGCUUCUACCAUAUGUGGUGGUUCCAAGAAGCUGUAAAUUUGGUAUGCUGCAAUAAUGGCGUCUCCUCAUAUCUAGGAAUGCAGUACAGCAAAUGCAAUACAGUUAGAGGUGAAAAAGAUGGAGUCUUUGUAUUUUGUGUUCUUGAAUAAUGUAACAGAGAAUCAAAUUGGGUGAAAUGAAAGUGAACGAAAGUUUGGUGGAAGCUAA